CUCUCUCUUCUUCAUUAGCCUUUCGUCUCCUUCUCCAUCUCUCUCUCUCUCUCUCUCUCAAAACCUUCAUAGCUUCUAUACGCAAGCUCUUAACGCUCUCUCUCUUUCUCAUAAAGCUCUUCAAUGGAAACUUUGACUCGUUUAUUGGUUUUCAUGACUCUGUUUUCCGGUUUAGUUUCUGGAUUUGCUCUGCAAAACCUUCCAAUCACAUCUUUUGAAGAAGGUUACACUCAACUUUUUGGUGAUAAGAACUUGUUUGUUCAUAAAGAUGGCAAAUCUGUCCGGUUAACACUCGAUGAAAGAACCGGUUCUGGUUUUGUUUCAAAUGAUCUUUACUUGCAUGGAUUCUUCAGUGCUUCAAUUAAAUUACCUUCUGAUUAUUCAGCUGGUGUUGUUGUUGCCUUUUAUAUGUCAAAUGGAGAUAUGUAUGAGAAGAACCAUGAUGAGAUAGAUUUUGAAUUUCUUGGUAACAUUAGAGGAAAAGAAUGGAGGAUUCAGACAAACAUUUACGGUAAUGGAAGUACUCAUUUAGGAAGAGAAGAGAGAUAUAAUCUUUGGUUUGAUCCAACUGAAGAUUUUCAUCAAUACAGUAUCCUCUGGUCUGAUUCUCACAUCAUAUUCUUUGUAGACAAUGUUCCAAUCAGAGAGGUCAAACGUACGGCGUCAAUGGGUGGUGACUUUCCCUCAAAGCCGAUGUCACUCUACACAACAAUAUGGGACGGUUCUAAAUGGGCAACAAACGGUGGCAAGUACGGUGUAAACUACAAAUAUGCGCCUUACAUUGCGCGGUUCUCUGAUCUAGUCCUUCACGGCUGCCCCGUGGAUCCUAUUGAGCAGUUUCCGAGGUGUGAUGAAGGAGCGGCUGUGGAUAUCCGUGCGGCACAGGAGAUUACCCCAUCGCAGAGGAAGAAAAUGGAUGUUUUCAGGCGGAAACACAUGACUUAUUCGUAUUGCUAUGAUCGGACAAGGUACAAGGUUGCUUUAUCGGAGUGUGUGGUGAAUCCCGCAGAGGCUCAGAGGCUUAGGGUUUAUGAUCCGGUCACGUUUGGCGGAAUCCCUAGGCGCCAUCGCAAUGGAAAGCACCGGAGCAAGAGAAGCCGGGUUGAUGGAACAGAGUCGAUAUGAUAACAUAUAGUCUAUGGUGGUGUUUGGGUGAGAUUUGGAGGGGUUCUAUAAUAAGUCCAUAUAUUGGUUAUUUAUGAUUCAGUGCAUUUUCACAGUUAGAGGGGGGCAUUUUUGUCAUUUGUUGGUUGUAUACGAAUAUAAAAAAGAAAAUAAUUAAUUUUUUUAUUUGAGAGAUUUUCGAGUUUGAAUACUUA